AAUAUGUGAUUGUGUUGAUUAUUAUUAAAUAAUAAUUUAAAAUCUCAGGAAAUGUUUGAGCUCGAAGGGCUGGCAAGAUUCGCUGUUUUAUUUUAUUUCUAAUCCUCCUACAUUCUGAGAUUAGUCCAGACAAUAACAUUAAUUUAAUUUAUCAAACAGUUUGACAGGAAUCCGAGAUAAACCCGAGGUCACGUGUCGUUGUGUUCUCCCUGCUGAUUGGUCAAGCGUGUGUUACAGUGCUGUAUAUGAAGCGCUGAUGAUGACCACACCAUCAUAACCACAACACUGAGAGAUCUGCUGCAGACAUGUUCCUGCAGGAUCUGGAGGGUGUGUGUGUGGUGUGUGUGUGUGUUGUUGCAGCUUAUGUUCUGUUGGCCAACACGGAUCUGUUUCUGACCCGAGCGGACCCGACCGAUGUGGACUCGCUGGCCAGAGCUGAUCUCAUAUCCACCACCGGAGAUGAGGAGCAGAGCUUUAAGGCUGGCUCUCUGUGGCAGCGAACCGGGGCCGUUAUUCUGGCUGUCAGACGACCUGGAUGAUCUCUGUGCAGAGAGGAGGCGUCUGAACUCUCCUCUCUGAAGGCUCAGUUAGAUGUCAGUGGUGUGUGUCUGUUCGCUGUGGUGAAGGAGAACAUCAGCUCAGAGAUUCGGCACUUCAGACCGUACUUUACUGGAGAGAUAUUCCUCGAUCAGCAGAUGGUCUUCUACGGUCCGAGGCGGAGGACGAUGAGGCGUUUGGGAAUCGCUCGGGUUGGAGUUUGGCUGAACUUCCUGCAGGCGUGGAGGAAAGGUUACCACGGCAACAAGAAGGGGGAGGGCUUUGUUUUAGGAGGCCUUUAUGUGAUUGGACCAGAGAAUCAGGGAAUUCUGCUGGAGCACCAUGAGAAAGAGUUUGGAGAUAAAGCCGAUCUCUCUGCGGUCCUGAAGGCUGUCGGGAGGAUCCAGAAAACAGAGAAUUAGACACAUAUCAAACAAUCUCUGAUGACACAUCUGUGAACGUUCAGAAAUAACAAGAGAUGUAUUCCUGAAAGCAUGUAUUCAUAAUGCAAUUUAACUCUGUGAGUCUGUGUUGUCUGAGAGUGUCUAUGUGACAGACUGAUCCUAAACUCUAAUGAGGGGACAGACUUGAUGAUUUACACAUCAGACCAACACACAGACAAAUAUGAUUUUCUUUUUCCUUUUUAUUUUCUUUCUAUGAAACAAUUUGUUACGGUGUAGAUCAUAGUCUAUAUAUGCUUAUGAAAUAUACCAAAUAAAACACUUUGAAAAAUU